AUGACGCCGGGGAGUUCAAAAACCUCUUCCAUGAUCCCUACGCAUUCGGUGCAGCUUUACUGGCGUCAUUCGGCGGUUUUCCUUUUGGCUAUGGUCGGUUCUCUGUCCUACUCGGCUGCCACCACUCAGACAGCCGCCCAAAGUUAUGCUACAAUCGUGGCAAGCCGAUCUAUCGGAGGGAUCGGUGUCGGCACCUUGGCAAUGGGUGCCCCAUUGUAUAUAUCCGAGAUCUCCCCGCCCGCAUGGCGUGGAUCAUUCUGGGUUCUGGAGGCAAUCAGCAUCGUCACCGGAGCAAUUGGAAUGGAAAGGUAUCGAUCCCAGCAGGCGCUCCUCAAAAGGGAGUAUCCUGACUACGCUCGCCAUCCGCUCCUGGUCGGCAUUAAACAGUGGGUCGAUCUCUCUCAACCUAAAUACCUCAGGAGGACACUUCUUGCUUGUCCAUUCCGUUCUUUCAGCAGUCGCGAGUGGGCUACCCAUCAGGCAGUUGGGUGGUUCUGUGUGGCACUGAAUUACCUGAAUGUCCUCUCCUACAGCGUCUCGUAUGGGCCAUUGGCCUGGGUCCUUCCCGCAGAGGUAUUUCCCCGUUCCAAACGUGCCAAGGGGGUUGGCGCAGCUACGGGAAGGAUUUGGUUGGCUAACCUCAUUAUCAGCGUUUGUCGUGCCGGAGGUGCUCCUUAA